GGGGAAGACAGAGUGUGCGAGAGGGAGGGAGAGCAAGUCAGAGGGAGAGAGCAAUCAGAGAGAGAACUUGAGACUGAGAGAGGGAGAGAGAGAGAGAGAGAGAGAGGAGGCGGAAGGCAACAGGCUUCUCUUUAUCCCUGCUACAGCGAGGAGGAACUUCUGGCUGACUCGCGCACUCGCGGCUCGAACUCCUGCCGUACUCCUCUGCUCACCGCUCGCUCGCUUGCUCCUGCGCUCCUGUCGUUCGCUCUCUUCAUCCCUUCAUCCGCCUGACAAUCCUCCACGCUGACGGGGAGGCCAGUUUUGAAGCUGCCUUGCCCCAACCGGGUUCAUCAGCCGGGGGUCACUUCUGAGAAACGCUCCCCCUCUCCCUGCUCCAGGCUACGGAAGUCCCGGCCCCACUGCCAGUAAUGGGAUCCAGACCCAAACACUAGCCUUGAGCCUAAGCAGACAGCAGCACACCUGCGUCCAGACAGACAGCCAGCCAGAGAACGAGGGAGCGAGUGGGUGUGUAUGUGUUUCAGAAAACGAGAGAGAGAACGAGAGAAAGAGAGAAAGAAAGAAAGAGACGAAGAAAAGAGAAAACAAAAGAAGAAGAAGGAGUGUUGACUUCCUUCCCCCGUCGGUCAUCACCGCUCGUCUCAUCUGUUGGCUCGCGCCACCUCCGCUGAAGUGUGCUGGAGCCGACCCGGAAAAGCGGACCCGGCCGGACGCCAGUUGCCAUGGCAACCAACAGGGAGCGGCCCGUGGGUCACAUGACGGGGUUCUACCCGUUCGCUUUCAGCUCCAUGCGGAACCACACCCCCUUUGACCUGCUGGCCAAUAGCAGCCUGUUUGGACGAUUCGGGGCGGACCUCCCCAAAGAGAUGGCAGCACUUUCGGUGGAGACGCAGAGCACCAGCUCAGAGGAGAUGGUCCCCAGCUCCCCCUCCCCUCCCCCGCCACCUCGCAUCUACAAGCCGUGCUUCGUGUGCCAGGACAAAUCCUCCGGCUACCAUUAUGGGGUCAGCUCCUGCGAGGGAUGCAAGGGCUUCUUCCGGCGCAGCAUCCAGAAGAACAUGGUGUACACCUGCCACCGAGACAAGAACUGCCAGAUCAACAAGGUGACGCGCAACCGCUGCCAGUACUGCCGGCUGCAGAAGUGCUUCGAGGUCGGCAUGUCCAAAGAAGCUGUGAGGAAUGACAGGAACAAGAAGAAGAAGGACAUUAAGGAGGAGGUGGUGAUUCCGGAGAGCUACGAGCUGAGUGGAGAGCUGGAGGAGCUGGUCAACAAAGUCAGCAAGGCUCACCAGGAGACCUUCCCCUCACUCGGCCAGCUGGGCAAAUACACUACUAACUCCAGUGCUGACACCCGAGUGCAGCUGGAUCUGGGGCUGUGGGACAAGUUCAGUGAGCUCUCCACCAAGUGCAUCAUCAAGAUCGUGGAGUUCGCCAAACGCCUGCCCGGAUUCACCACCCUCACCAUCGCUGACCAAAUCACCCUGCUCAAAUCAGCAUGCCUAGAUAUCCUGAUGCUGCGUAUCUGCACGCGCUACACUCCAGAGCAGGACACCAUGACCUUCUCAGAUGGGCUGACGCUCAACCGCACACAAAUGCACAACGCCGGCUUCGGCCCCCUCACUGACCUGGUGUUUGCCUUCGCCGGGCAACUGCUGCCCCUGGAGAUGGACGACACAGAAACAGGCCUCCUCAGUGCCAUCUGCCUGAUCUGUGGAGACCGUAUGGACCUGGAGGAGCCGGAGCGCGUCGACCGGCUGCAAGAACCGCUGCUAGAGGCGCUGAAGCUGUACGCACGCCGCCGUCGCCCCAACAAGCCCCACAUGUUCCCACGCAUGCUCAUGAAGGUCACCGACCUCAGAGGCAUCAGCACCAAAGGAGCCGAGCGAGCCGUCACGCUGAAGACGGAGAUCCCCGGCCCCAUGCCGCCUCUGAUCCGCGAGAUGCUGGAGAACCCCGAGGUGUUCGAGGAGGCCGCCGCCGAGGCCGCCAAGGCCGCUGCCGAGAGUGCCAGCGCGGCCUCCACCGCCGAGGCCUCGGCCUCCGCCUCCGCCUCCACCCAGCCACCGCCCGCCAUCCAGGCCAUCAAGCGCGAGCGCGAGGAAGAGGAGUCGACCCUGGAGGAAGAGGACGACGACGAAGACUACGGGGACGAGGAGAGAGAGCGAGGAGGGGACAGCGAGGACGAGGCCUGGGGCCUCACGCCGCCCGACCCCACGAGGAAAGGCGCCACCGGCCGCGCCCAGUGAGGAGGGGGGCAAAACCACGAGAGAUGGGGAGAUAGAGAGGAGAGGAGGAGGAGAGAGAAAGAGAAUGAGAGAGAGUACAGCAUCUCUAUCGACUGUCUGAACUCCUUUACAAACUGCAGCAGUAUGCAACCCUUUGGUGUCUUAUUUAUCUUAGUGCUUGAGGGGUGCGUACUUGAAAAUACACACACACACACACACACACACACACACACACGCACACACACACACACACAUGCACACACAUAAACAUGCGUGCACACACACACACACACACACACACACACACACACACACACACACACAUGAAUUUCUCUGCACUCUAUGCAUACGGGAACAGGCCCAUCUCAACAGAUAAGCCAACCAGCUGGGGUCGGUUGUCCUUGGAGACAGACACACGCUUGAGAUCAUAAGCUAGUGUACUUAAUUUUUUUUAAAAAAAAGAAUCAAAGUUAUGAAAGCACUACACUUGUCCACCUCUGGACUAGAGUGAAUCAGAGGAGACUGAGCAGAAUAAAGACACUACAGUGCCAUACCAAUCACUGUGCUUGGUAAUAAAUGUGGCGAGGGACUUUGUUUACUCUGUAAAGAAAAUGCAAAAAAAAAAAGAAAAAGAAACACACACUUAAUAGGUGCUUUCACCAUUGAUGUGUGUGAGGGGAGAAAAAAAUCAAUUACCCACGAUCCAGCAUGUUUUGAGAAACACAAAUGUAAUAAUGAUAAAGCACCAUCUCCCACCGGUGUCCUUGGAAACAACUGUUAUUUUAUUUGACAUUUUGUAUUGUCUCAUCUUUCUAAUGGUAUAUAUAAGCCUUUAUAUAUAAUAUUGCUUUUGCAUAUGUUAAUUUUUUUAUGUGUUUUGUUUUCUUUUAUUUCAUUUUGUUGCUCCAGACAUUUGAAUAUAUAUUUACACCUCUCCCAUGUGCAGAUACAUGACUUUAACGUUUCAUGACAGACCGUCAUCCUUCCUUUCAAAUCUCCCAAACUUCUAAUUAAUAAUUAAACUAUUUACAGAAACCAAGUUAAUGUAGGGCCAUCCUAUACUCCCUACUCACCUCCUAUUAGUGGAACUCACUGUAAACAUUUUCCAGAUGAUACAUUUAAUAUUGGGACCACAAAUAUGUUCAUAUGCACAUUGCCUUCCCGUUUCCCGGCAUACAUAAACAUACUGUUCCGUUUUUACACACACACCUUACUCGUUUAAAUCCAGUACUGCCCUUGUUAAUAUGUGUGUGUGAUAGCAGUCAGAUAGCAGGCCAAAUGUUUGACUCAGGGCAUCAUUCCAAGGACCAAAUCUCACCUGACUGGUGAUCACACCUCUAUCACACUCUCCAUGGAUACUAUAAGCGCAGGCACCAAGCAUCACCAAGCCAUUACUUGUGUUAUCUCAAAGAGGCGCUCUAAAUUUAGCCGCAGCCUUCAGCCAAGAUGGAGGGAGGGGAAAAGGGGAGGUGGUGUGGUUGAUAGUGCCUCGGAAAGGAAAGGCAUACAACAGCAAUAUUCAGAGACAUAACCAUCUUUAGGCACUUGUCCAUCAAAACCAUAUGGGAUGAGCUUUUUGAAAAGAGAGUGCUGGACAGUGUAGUGCUAGACAAGCACGUGUGCGUGUGUUCUACGUAUUUUUCGGCUUACAUUGGCGUCACUACAUUUACAUGUCGGAGUCCGAGUUCCUUCUCCCUGGUCUAACUGUUACAAAAUGUAUGUUUUCAUUGUUGCAUUCCUGAAACAUCUCAGUGUGCGCCUUUGAUUAGCGUGGUCGUCUUGUUGCCGUGACGUCCUCCCUCUCGCUUUAAGCCCUGUUGGGAUCCUUGUGUCUCUGGGGCCAGCACCUCAUGAGGGACGCGAAGGCGGUUAUGAGCUCAGUCUAUUUAUUGUUCUUAUUUAUUCUCGAUUCCUCAGCUUGUGCUUAACCAGUUCUCUUGAGGUGGACUUCAUACUAAACCAGAUUGUGCUGUCACCUCCCUCACCCUGACAGUUAUCUUUGCUAGUAUGGUGGGAGUUACAUCCAGACAAGAAAAAAGAAACAGACUAAGCCUUCUACUUGUGUGAGACAACACACCUAGAGCUGGAACCCAUGUAAUACACAAUAUAGACAAAAGCACUGGGGCCUCUGCUAAAACUAGACCAGCAAACCAGACCCUCUUGUCCAACAUCACUGCCUGACCUCCAAACACCCUUCUUGUGGAAAUCCUUCCCAGAAACAGUGGAAGCUAUUACAGCAGUAAUAGAGGGGACAAGCACCAUAUUAAUACCUAUGGAUUUAGAAUGGGAUGGGAUUGAAAUUCCUGUGGGAAUUUGUGUGAUGGCAGGUGUCCCAAUCCUUUGUCUAUGUAGUGUAUCUGUAAUGACAGAUAAAUCACAUUACAUGUACCCCAGUUCAUACAAAUGCCCUGAAUAGUGAGAGGUCUGUUGUGGACACGAUACAGUGUAACUUUUAGGUCACUUGUGUCACUCCUCCUACCCUACAGAGCUCAGGCAAAGAAUGAUUUUAAAAACACACGGGUGGUUGCUGAUCAGGUCUGUACAGUAUAGACUGCAGCCAUCCACAUGGUUUAUGCAUCAAGGAUAUGCAUGCACUGAUGUCAGGUGGUUUGACAGGGUAUCUUUGGCCUGCAGUCUCUUCAGGUAUUAAAUAAGUCCACGAGUGGCUGAGAAAAACAUGGAGAAUAUACAGAUAAGAGUUGACUGUCGUUGGUCCCUAAGUGUAGUCGUCGUCGGGUGUUGUAACAUUCAUUGGGUCAGGACCACAGGAGCCAAGUGCUUUGCAAAAAUGUGUUGUUAACUUGUCUGCUUUCAGUAUGAACCACCUCCUGUCUUUACAAUUCAAAAGCCAUUGUGUGUGUGUGUGUGUGUGUGUGUGUGUGUGUGUGUGUGUGUGUGUGUGUGUGUUUGUGUGUUUGUGUGUGUGUAUGUGCACGUGCAGGCAAGCAUGUGCCUACUGUAUGUUUGUGCGUGUCUGCUUAUGUGUGGGGGAAUGUAUGUAUCUGUAUGCACAAAUGUUCAUUUUCUCAGAAUAUGAUGAAAAUCAUAUGUUGGGAAACACAGCCAUACCUCUCCAACAGACAAAGUCAAAUAUCAGGUGCUGAGACAGAAAGACAUAGCAAUGUAAUAGCAAUAAUUUCGACAGCAUGAACUUAUAGCAUUAGCUUUAAUCUUGUUCUGGAACAGGCAGACCUGUUUCAAUGUAGCAGAGAGCCUACAGCACUGGAGUGGUAAUGAGGGCCCAGGAUAUAUGAAACAUAUAUUGCAUAUCUAUAUAUAGUAGUUACACAUAGCAUUUGAUCUGAAGAGAGCGACACGUAUAUGUACAAUUAGUCAAUCAUGUUGUUUUCUCAUUCGGAGACCCAAAGCAUUUAUUGAGACAGGACAUAUAGGCCUAUUUGAUAGAGGUUUAGUAGUUGACAUUUAGUAGAUGUGCAUUUGGACUUUUAAUCCAUCUCGGAUGUGUGUCGUAUGUACCAUUUUUAUGAAGAAUCUCAAAAUUUGGUGACUUGGAAUGUGUACAUUUCUCACUGCACGUCCUCCUCACAUCUUAUUCUUUCUUGUGUGCCUGUGUUGUUAUUUUUAAGCUUGAUGACUUUUUUUGGGUCUACAUAAUGGGUUAGAAUUUCAUAAUAGAAUGUAUCAUGCUAUUAUUUUAUGUCUGUAUAGUCUUUGUGUUGGAUUUGCUAUAACAGUGUAACUCUUAAUGUACCAUUGAUGUUAUUGUUUGUUGAAAGAAAGAGAGAAAAUCAGACAGAUCUCCAAAUUCAGGGAAUUAAAAAAACAAACAGCCUUACAGAUCUCAUGAAAGAUCUCUUGUUACAUCCCCUAUUUGAAUUUACACUAGGCUAUUGAAAAAGAAAAGUAAUAUGUUUUGCCCUAAAUUGUGAUGGCCCACUGUUUCUGUAUGUCCCUUUUCCAUACUGUUGUUUUGUUCCGUUUUUUUGUUUUUGUGUGCCUUGAAACAUCAAUGAUAAAGGGCUUCUUUUUGCACAGAGGUCGUGGAAAGCUAAUGCAACACCUGGCAUGUUAGACUAAGUGGACAUGUAGGCUACUUGGACAGAACAAGACGUUUUAUGCUCAUGCUUUACUCAUUUCUUGAAUCAAGCCAAAUACAUUUUUCUAUUACAUUUACUCAAUUGUUGAAAGCUCUGUUUUGAUUUGUCGUUGCUGGUUUUUUUGUUUGUUUGUUUGUUUUUCAAAUAUCAUUUUAUAAAGAAAUUUCUUGUUCA